CCUUUUCGCAGCUAAGGACUACUGAACCCCAUUGAGGCCCUCGAAGGGGGAAGGCUAGAUCUGAGAGCUAGUAGGAGCUCAGUAAUGGGUUCCUGGAGUAAGGCAGAAAUAGAUCCGACAGCUAAAAUAAUUCAACAGGUGUAUCUUGGUAACGAAAUCUUUUGUUAUUUAUUUGGUAACUCCUAGUUUUGUUAUUGACUUUUUCGGGAAAAUUUUUUUCGAAAAGGAAUAUUUUCCAUCGCAACCAGGGAAGAAUAUUGUUACUUGAACAGCGAAAAAGCGUUGAUAUUUAAAUAAUACUUUGUGGAUUACCUAGUUAUACGACUUUUGCAAAAAUCUGCCAACUAAGGUGAUAGAGUUCCUUGUUUAUCUUUCCAAAAGACAAAAUCAGAACAUAUUACAUUUAUCAUUGCAGUAUUUUAAAUAGCCACGCCUAAAUUUUUUAAAUCUGAAUUCAGUUAAAUUUUGCCUCCUUGAAUUUUUUACGUCAAUUUCUGAAAGCUGCGAUUUUUGCCCCCUGCUUUGUUCAAACAAAGUCCGAGAAGGUCAAGUAUAAAUAAACUGAGUUAUUUUCAUUUCUAUUCACGCCUUUGACAUCGCUGAUUUUUGUAACCUGUUUACUUAUACAAGCUACUUAGCCACCCCAUUAGCAGACUGACAAUCAUUUAACAUGGCCGCCCAAAUCGUGUUGAUUUCUGGCUGUUCUAGCGGCAUCGGACUCGCUACAGCUUUGUUUCUCGCUAAAGAUGCUCAGAAACGCUUCAAGGUUUACGCCACCAUGAGAAAUCUGGAGAAGAAACGACAACUGGAGGAAGAAGGAAAGGAAUAUCUAGAAGACACACUGGUUAUUAAACAGAUGGACGUAUGUACUGACGAGUCUGUGGAGAAAGCUGUGAAAGAAGUGCUGGACACAGAGGGAAGAAUUGAUGUACUGUUUAAUAAUGCAGGAAUCGGCUUAAUUACUGCGCUGGAAUGUAUUCCAAUUAAAAUGGCUAAGGAACUGUUUGAAGUGAAUUACUUUGGAGCAUUGAGGUUAAUUCAGGCAGUGAUACCAAGCAUGAAAGCGAGGCAGACUGGCCUGAUCAUCAACAACAGUAGUCAUUUUGGCAUUGUUGGAGUUCCUUUUGUGGAUAUUUACUGUUCGUCCAAGUUUGCAAUCGAAGGUCUGACGGAAAGCAUGGCUCCAGUCCUGCGGCAGUUCAACAUCAGGUGCUGCUUGUUGGAGCCAGGCCCCGUGCAAACUACUAUUGUACCCAAAGCAAACGAAUGGAGCGAAGCAGGUGUGGACCUGACGAUCUUAGAUCCAAAGACAAAGGAUAUAAUGGAAUCUGUAUUCUCCAACGUACACAGAACCUUCAGCGCCGCCAUGCAGAGCUGUGAGGAGGUGGCGCAAAUUGUGCAGGAAAUAAUCUUAGGAGAAAAGAAAAAUUUGCGACAUCAAACCAACGAAAAAUUUGGACCUGGUGAAAUCCCUGCCAAAUUAGCUGAUCGCACAGGAAAUGCAUCAGUUGAUAUUAUAUCAAAGCACUAUUUGGGGAAAUAAAAUUUCUGUUUUAACCAGCUCUCAAAUAUAGCUAGCGUACAAACGUCAGCAAUUUAUUGUCGUUUACGAUUUACUAUGAAUCAACAUUACUCUUCCAGAACGUUUGACGUUAAAUAAAAUAACAGAGAAGGUACCUAUUCAUUAGUGUAUGAAUUACUGCAAUUCACAUGACUUCAGGGAAUACCAUUACGAUAACAGCAGCAAAAUAUAUUUUCCUCUUAACCUUUACCUCCCAAGAUCCAAUUAGUAAAUCUCCCUACUUCCCUUCAUACAUAUCCUUAUGAAUUGGACAGGAGAAUUUGGUCUUAUUCGAAAACAAAACCCUCUGGCUGAUAAACUGU